AUGCUACCUGCUUCGGUCGUGAGCCAGCUCCAAGCCGGCCGAGAACUCAUCGCUGACGAGUAUGCGUCCGUGACCGUGCUCUUUUGCGAAGUCUGCGACUUCAACACGAUUUCCGGUCAGCUCGACCCGGACCAGGUCGUCGAGCUGCUCAACACAAUCUUUUCCAAGUUUGAUGUGCUCGUCGACUACCACUCGGUGCACAAGAUCGAGACGAUCGGCGCCGUCUACAUGGUCUCGGGCGGGUGUCCGGACCGCAUGACCAACCACGCGGUCUUGAUCGCCAACCUCGCGCUCGACAUGAUCGCGGCCAUGCCCGACCUCCGCGCGCACAUCCGCAAGACGUUCAAGUGGGCCAAGAACAUUGGCGACAUCAACAUCCGCAUCGGCAUCAACACGGGCAUCCUCAUGGCCGGUGUCGUCGGCAUCCGCAACCCGCGCUUCAAGCUCUUUGGCGACACGGUCAACGUAUCGUCGCGCAUGGAGAGCACCAACUUGCCGGGGCACAUCCAGCUCACCGAGGCGACGCACGACGCGAUCAAGCACGCGUACGUGACGGAGCACCGGGGCACGAUUCCGGUCAAAGGCCGGGGCGACAUGCAAACGUACUUUCUCCGCGGCCACCAAGAAGGCGUGCCCCGGCAAGCACAGCCUGUCAUGAUUUUAGCUCCCACAGUCGUCCUCACGAAUCCAUCGUCGAUCGUCAAUGCCAAGCCUGGUGCUGUCGCCCCGCUCGACCCCGCGGCGCCCCGAGGCAGCGUCGCCAAAAUCCCGGAUCUCUCCAAGCGCACCCUCAAUGCUAUUGGGUACGGAGCGCCGCCGACCGAGGUCGAAGGCCGCACGGCCUUUAUGAAGCUACUACGGAAAAAGUCUUCCUCGAGCUCGAUGCUCAUGACGUUGCCGCCGUCCAGAGACCUCGUGUCCGAGCACAAGCAGAACACGUUGCGCGAGUCCACCGCCGCAUUUUACACGCCCGAGAACGUCGCUGCGCCGUCGGGUACGGACGCCACCGCGCUCAUGGAACUGCCGGCCGACAUGACGAAGCGCAACGUGUUCUUCUACAUCAACACGGACAACACACUCGAGCUCAUGUACCGCAAGGAGAACGAGAAGCGCUGGAUGCGCUUCUUCCGCGCGUCGAUUCUUCUGUGCAUUCUCGUCAAGCCCGUACAAGCCAUGUACUCGAGCGUCGCGCUGCUCAACGGCCGGCAGUUCCAAGCCGCCAACAUCCUCUUCAUCAUCAACAUUUGCUGCACGAUGCCCGUCUGCUCGUGCUUCCUCCUCUUUACGUUCACCGAGACGUUUCUCAAGUACCGGCAACUGAGCUCAGUCGUUGUGCUCCUGCUCAUCUCGGCGUUCUGGAACACGGAGCUCAUCGCGAUGCAGUCGCGCGGCUACGCCUACAUCUCGACGCUUGUGUUGUACCAGUGCCACUUUAGCAUGCUCGCGUUUGUCUUUCGGUUCAUGGCCGCGCUCGUCAUCCUCGUCAUGUACCUUGUCGCCAACAUUGCGCUCAGCAGCGCGAUCGUGCCAGGCCAAACCGCGAGCGAGUCGUCCCGCGACAUGCUCCUCCUCUGCCUCCGCAACGCAUUUUACGUCAUCAUCUUUUUUGUGCCGCAAAUUUGGGUCGUUUUUACGUGCGAAUUCAAAGAGCGCGUCAACCAUUUCCGGGAUUUGGUCCUCAACGCGCAGCAAGUCAAAUUGGUGGAAGAGCAAAACCGCGUCGACAAGUUGCUUCGGAAUCUUUUGCCCGAGAGCAUUGUAAACCAGCUCAAAGCCAGUCCCGAAGUGACGAUUGCCGAGACGUUUGAGAACGUCACGAUCCUCUUUACCGAUAUGGUCAACUUUACCGCGUAUUCGUCGCGCGUGUCGGCCAUGGAGCUCGUGCAAUUCCUCAACGACAUGUACACGCGCUUCGACACGAUCUCGGAGAAGCGCGACCUGUACAAGGUCGAGAUCAUCGGCGACGCGUACUUUGUCGUCGGCGGCUGCCCCCUCGUCACCAACAACGACGCCAUCAUGAUCCUCAACGCUGGUCUGGACAUGCUCAACACUCUUCCCGUGCUGCGGCGCAACUCGUCCAACCCGAACCUCAACAUUCGCAUCGGGGUGCACUCGGGCCGCGUCGUCGCCGGCGUCGUGGGCAUCAAGGACCCUCGCUACCACCUCUUUGGCGAGACGGUCGCGAUCGCGCAGAGUCUCGAGAGCUCGGGCGUCCCCGGCCGCAUCCACCUCAGCGAGACAACGUACACGCGCAUCAAGAACACGGACCCGAACGCGUUCAAGUUUGAGUACCACAAGAUGCUCAACGUGUCGGGCCACAAUACCAAGCUGCGCACGUAUUUUGUCACGUGAGUAGUCGUAUAUAGAUAGAUAGCUCCCUAAUUAUAGUAAUCCGAGACUGCAUUCAUUUAACGGCCA